AUGGCACCGUCCGGUCUCCUGACAAAGAAAGGAAGAUCUCCCGUUCCUCUGCGAGGAGUGAAAGUAGUAACAAGCGUACGUGGUUACGCUGCGCAUGUUGAGAGCAGUUUCGAGUAUGAGAACGAGGGUAGACACCCAAUUGAAGCAAUUUUUACUUUUCCAUUGGACUCUUCUUCUAUCGUCGUUGAUUUCGCGGCUACUCUCGACGACCGAAAGAUCAAAGGGAAAGUGAAGGAGAAACAGAAAGCGAAAGAUAUGUAUGAUGACGCAAUUGCAGGCGGUCAGUCUGCCUUUCUGAUGGAAUCCGAGCGUGACGAUAUCUUCACUGUGAGUGUGGGCAAUCUUCCCGCUCAGAAGAAGGCUGUGGUGACGCUGAAGUACAUUACGGAGCUGCAUACCGAGCAUGAUGGCUCGGUCAAACUCAAUUUGCCGUCCGUUCUCACUCCAAGGUACAGCAAGGCCGGAGAAAAAAUUCAACAAAAGAUGUUACUUAUCUUCCUGCUUCUCGGAUUCCCUACACUUUCAGUUUCAACGCUCGAAUUGAAGGCGACGUGA